GCAAAGGUGGGGGUGAACUGGCUUUUUCGGGGGGAGAGGAGACCACUCAGAUUCACCUAGAAGAGGGUGGUUUGAAUGGUAGAGGCCAAGGAGGCAAGCUGAAGAGUUCCAUGCUUUUGCUCUAAAUCGCUGGAAUGUUUAAAGGAAAGGCUGGAAAAUAAAUUCAGAUGUCACAGGCACUACUAGAACGUCUCCCUAUGAGAUGCUUUGAUGGGGUUCCUCUUUAGGUGGAAGGUGCCCAGAAGGACCACCAUGUUCUGCCUCUUUGCUUGUAUAUUUCUCCAUGUGAGGGAAAUGCCAGCCAAGCCAACAGAGACGAAUCCUGCCAUACAGGGAGAUGUGAGGCCACUUUUCCAGCUGGUGAAGCAGAAUGUUUGGGAGGAGAAUGUCAAUCUGACCAGCCUUUCUUGUGAUGAGAUAAAUAACCAGACAUGGACUGCCUUGCGCCUGAAAAGCCAAGAACUGACUUAUUUCCCAGCCUGUUUGCCAGGCCACCUGGAGCGUUUGGAUCUAAGUGCUAACCUCCUGCCUGAAUUCCACAGUCGGCACAUGGCCCACCUGCCCAAGUUGCAAGUCCUCUCCCUGAAACAGAAUGUCAUUCGACAAGUAACUUGGGAUGCUGGAAGUGCCAACAGCCUCCGAUUCUUGGAUCUCAGCUUCAAUUUGCUAUCCUUUGUGCCUGCAUGCGGUGCCUCCAUUUUGGGAGAUCUUAAGUGGCUUUCUCUGGCUGGGAACCCUAUCACAGAAAUCCAGCCCCUGGCUUUCUCCUGCUAUCCCCAACUACAUUUCCUCAAUCUGUCAUCCACUUGGCUGGGAAAGGAUGGCAAAGACAGGAUCAGGCCAUCAGCCUUUGCCAUAAACUCGGUGCAUGUUGGAGACUCCACUGAAGAAUCUGGAAGUGUUAUCAGUGUGCUCGAUCUGAGUGCAACCUUUCUGGAGAGCAUUCAUCAGGACUGGUUAAAGCAUCUGCCCAGACUCACGUCUCUCCAUCUAACAAAAAUGACCAGACUACGAAUCCUCGAACCCUCAGCCUUCCUGUAUGUGCCCAUGCUGAAAGAACUGGAUUGUCGAGAUUCCCAGGGACUAAGUCUGGUGGAAACUGAAUCAUUCAACCACACACCUCACCUGGCCAUUCUCCAGUUCCAAAACUGUAACCUGAGUUCUUUCAGUCAGUGGAAUCUCAGCUCAUCAAACAGCCUUGCUAUCAACCUCUACGGAAACCCUUUGAUCUGCCACUGUGGGAUGUCCUGGCUGCUCUCCAAACCAGAUAAAAUAGUUCUACAGAGGGCAUCAGAAACUACAUGCCAAAUAUCCAUAGAAAGUCACAUGGCAUCUACUUCUGGAUCCAUGCUGUUGUCCAACUUGCAUGACCAAUGUGAAACACAGAGAACUGUUCAUUUAACUCCGUUAUUUACUCAAGGCAAACUGCUUGGUACUUUGUCCAGCAUCGCUACCAACACACUUCCAGACUCCAGAGUAUUCCCCUAUGAAUGGCAGAGCAGUCCUCUGCCCCCACAAAAUACUCCUCUAACUUGGGGAGAUGCGACUCCUUCAACUUGGGGAGACACCACGCAGUGGGAUUCAACCAAGGCAAACAUUCUUGCAUACAAAGAGGAAACCAUGUACCGAUCUACAGCCAAUCCACCUGCAUCAGUAGAUGUUGCCACAACUGCCUCCACAAUUCUGGAUGAACUUUCUGCCAAACAAACCGUGGCAGAUACAACUGGAAUGGAACAAGAUGCAACAGUGAAUUCUCUUGCCCCCCUAGAAAGAAUAUGGUACCAUUCUACACUACACAGUCCUACAAGUGAACCAACACCCGCUGAUGGAUUCCAGGUUCCAGGCACUGCAUUUGCCACCCACACUACAGCAUACUCAGAUCAGGCCAUGCCACCAUCUCAAGGCCCCACCAAGGCCGCCUUUAUUCCGAAUCUUGCAACCACUGAUGAUCUGAAGUAUUAUGCAGAGGACUAUGACUAUGAAAAGGACCCAAAGGAAUCUGCAGCUGAGGCACUUGAGCCUUGUGACUAUGACUCUUGCAGACACCUCCAGAAGCCUUGUGCUGAUCUCCAAAAGUUGUCUCCUUGCUUGUGCCCUGGUUUAUCAGAUGAAUUCACUAUCCCAGAACCACCAAGGCUUCAGGAAGUAUCAGAAAUAAGGGACACCUCUGCAGAGAUCCAGUGGUGUGCCCCAAAUUCAGAAGUAAGCUCUUAUCAACUUGCGUACCGCCCCCGAGGCAGUAAGAGGAAUUAUACAAUGUCUGGGGAGAUUUACAUGACAGCCAGGCGGUACACCUUGUAUAACCUUCUGCCUGGCUCUACCUAUGAGGUAUGUGUCAUUGCUUCAAACAAGGCAGGGCUAAGUCAGACUUCAGAUGAGAGCAAGCACAAUGCUCCAUGCAAUGUUUUUGCAACCAAGUCCAGCUAUCGAUCUGUCUUUGCUGCCUUGUGUGCAACCAGUGGACUCUUCCUUGUUGCUACCAUAUUGUUGUCAGCGUGUCUGUGCAAAAAAUGCAGAGCACCCCACAUUGAGCAUUAUAAUACACACCUUGUCUCAUACAAAAACCCUGCUUUUGAUUACUCCUUAAAGUAAGGUUAAUGAGACUGCCACAAACCUGUUAUUGUUCCAAAAGCUUUUACCUUUUUAAUUAUUUUUCUGGAGGCUCCCC